UUAGGCCGCAGCUCGUAUUCAGGGCGAUUGCCCACUGUAUAACCUUACUUUACACGGUUACAUCUCUUGAGGCAUAUAGUACGCGUACAAAGCGUCGCCGAGAAUGGUGUUUCCGGACUUUUCUCUAUGGUUUUCUAGUACAAAUUCCGCCUAUUGGAUGCAACAGAAACCCCUUCCAUUACUGCUCUUGUUCUCUCUUUUGCAGAACGUGAAUCGCGGGACUUGUGCUGUCCUUUGCACGAUACUGGCAUCGAUGGCCCGCUCCAUACAUCAGCCAUCCAUUUUGGGCUCAGUUGAGUUGGGGCCAAUACCCGACUUAUCCACAAGUUUAGAUUACGGCUUGACAUACGGAUUCCGAUAUGGACUGGGACAUUCGGACCCCCUUCCCCCCGGACCUGGAAUGUCAAAAUUACUCGGUGUCACCCUUCCACCGGUGACGCUACGCUACGGUGAAGAGGAGGAGUGAAUUGGUGGUCAUUAACUUCACCCUCCAUCUGAUGUGGGGUGCUUGCCUGGCUUCCCCUCCGCCAGAGGUCACUGUCCCAGGUUGAGGUAGCUUGGGUCGGGGAAAUGGAAAACACGAGCGAGAUGGGUAGCGAGCAAGCGUACCACUGCCCGCCGUGAUGGACCCAGCAUCUCGAAGACUUGGAAGAGUGUACGCAAACCGAAUUUCUUGCU